AUGGUGAGGGGGACGUCUGGAGCGAUGAGGCUGCUGCUGGUCGUCGCCAUGUUGCUGCAAGUCUCCAGCCUUACAACUCUGACGAGCCUUCCAAGGCCAAAGUGUUGGGUCACCUCUGUCAGGCAGCAUGGAUUGCUGCAAGCGGAGAGAAUGAGAGGAGGAGCGUCGAUGUCGCGGGAGUGGCUUGUGCUGUUUUCGAUGUAUCUCUCUCGAGCAGCAUGCGAUCGAGCAUGGGCGUUCUAUGUCAGCGUGUUGGUCGACAGCAGGUCAGGCUCCAUGCUCUUCAUCUUCCGAACUAUCGUUCAGUUUCUUUUCGGAUAUUUCGUGACUAGGAAGGAUUACGAUUGGCUUGAUCUUCACGCAGCUUUCCAUGCGAAGGUGUUGCUGUUCGUGCAACAAGCUUCCUUCUUCGCGCUUGCAGCCUGCCUUCAUGGCUUCUACAUGCGACAGAAGACUCCGAGUGCGGUGGGCAUGGUUCUUGCUGGAAUCUUCUCCGGCAUUGAGGUGACUCUGUCAAGGCACUUCAAGAACGUCAAGGGAAAGCGAGAUGUCUACCUGCUGGCGUUGAAGUCUGUAGAGCCCUCUCAGAACCCCGACGUCACAAUAUCAAGAGCCAACGCCCUCCUGUCCCGCUUCGACUUAGCUUGUGCCACCCUCUCUCCCCUGGCCGUCUCCCUCCUCAUCUCCUCCUACGGCAAGGCGUCCACGUUGAUCGCUCUGAUUGCAGUGCAAGUGAUCACUGCUGUUGUAAACACAAUCUUGUUGUCCGUUGGAGAUGCAGGAAGCAGUGAACCGAAGAACGAGAUCAAACCGGUGAAGAAAGGAAGAGAACUCAAGACGGAGCAGGCUCCCAUUGUGCCAUGGCAGAUCCAUGCAUUGGUGGUCUGCUAUUCUCUCCUCUUUUUCACAGUCUUCAGUCCCAAUGGGCUCUUCAACAUGUACCUCAGCGAGAGCGGCAUGCCCAAUCAUCAGAUCGCGAUGUUUGGUAGCUCCGCUCAGUUCUGCGGCGUCAUUGCCACCGUCCUCGUGCACCACGUCGUCCAUUACUGGGGGAUCAUCCGCACGUGCCUUGCCUUUCAGUCCCUUCAGUCCGCCAGUGUGAUCGCUGCAGCCCUUUUGGUACGGAGGAGCCUCAUGGCAGAGGCAGCCUUCUUCUGCACGCUCUCGCGGCUGGGCUUCUGGGGGUUCAUCCUGUGUGAGAGGACGUUGAUUCAAAAGCACACCAGGGCAAGGGUGCAGGUGUUCACGACCGAGACCAGCCUGACGGAGAUCAUGUCUCUGGCCAUUUUCGUCUCUAGUCUGGCCUCAAACAACUUUCAGCUGCUGUGUUGGCUGUCAGCGGCUGCUACAAGUGCAUGCUCUCUCCUGAUCGGACUCGUUUACUUGGUGCCCUUGAAAGGAGAAUGA